AUGUCGGGCCGUGGACGUGGUCGUGGGCGCGGUGGUCGGGGCGGGCUUCGUCACGACUCUCUGCCGCGCACCGUGCUGGUCUCCAAAGCCCUCUCACGGCUCCUGCGCCAUGCGGCCGUGGACGAACGCAUCCCCAUCGACAGCCACGGGUACGUGCGGAUGGACCACUUGCUGGGAUGGCAGAAGCUGCGGAACAUGCAGCCGCCCGUGACGUUUGCCGAGGUCGUCGAGGUGGUCAAGCAGAGCGACAAGAAGCGGUUCGCGAUGAAGUACGUGCACGCUGACGCCGACGCCGGAGGGGGAGGAACACCGACUGUCGUCGAGGCGGAGGCGGAUCCGACGACGGCGAACGAACCCGAGACGGAAACGCAGCGGGCGAUAUCAACAUUCGAAGCAUCACUGGCUCCUUCAGGCAACGACGAAACCGUCGACACGAGGAGAUUCUUCAUCCGCGCCACGCAGGGCCACAGCAUGAAAACCGUCGAGGCCGAGAACCUGCUCACCCCGAUCUCGCUCGCUGAUCCGGCCAGCAUCCCGGACACGGUCGUGCACGGCACCUUUUACGGCGCGUGGGACCAGAUCCUGCGCAGCGGCGGGCUGAAGAGCAUGACGAGGAACCACGUCCAUUUCGCGACGGGGCCUUCGUUGAGUGAGGUCUUGCCGACAUCGUCUGCCGAUCCUGCCAUCGAUGCUGCUGUCACCGCAGAAGAUGAUGAUGUUAAUGACCCACGAGACGAUAACCAAGACGACGAUGACGACAAUGAGAACGACUGCAAUAACGACGACGACGACGAUAAUACCGAGACCAAGCCCGCGCACGACGGGGAACUCCAAACAAAGGCCUCCAAAAGACAGAGCAAAAAGGCCAACAAAAAAGCCCAGUCCAAAACCCUCGGUGUCCUGCUGGGCCAGAACAAGGUCAUCAGCGGCAUGAGGAGCGACGCCCAGAUCCUUAUCUACGUGGACAUCCGCAAGGCGCUGGCCGAGGCGCCGGACAUGAAGUGGUGGCGGAGCGAGAACGGCGUCAUCCUCUCCGACGGCGUGGUUCCUCCUCCUCCUCCUACUUCUGUCCCUUCUGUGCCUGGUACUAGUACUGAUAACAAUACUACUCCUUCUCAGCCUUCGGACACGACGACGGCGAAGACCACGACGACGACCGCGGAAGGGGUGGAAGAGGAGGACGAUACCCACGCCAAAGCCACUAAACUCGUGCCUGUCGACUACUUCCUCGCGGCCGUCGAGGUCAAAAAGGGGAUUGGCCUGCUCUGGGAAGCCGGGAGAGGCUCGGUUCGCGACCUGCCUGAACCGCUACGCACGAGGCCUGUUCCGCGGGGAAAGGGCGCAGGACCCAGAGGGAGAGGGGGGGAGAGGGGCCAAGGGAAGGGGAGAGGUAGAGGGAGAGGAAGCGGAAGGGAUGUCGAGACAGAAGGGGAGAAACUCGACGCUUGA